AUGUCGGUAUGCCUCUUUCUUUUUCUAUUCUUUGUUCAUUGGGGAAAUUCAAAUGCUAAUCGAAUUUCAGGUUACCUGUUGUUGCUGGGUUCUAUCCCGGCUCUCAUUCUCCUCCACUUAUGGAUCGCUCCCUACACAAAAGUAGAGGAGUCUUUCCAUGUCCAGGCCAUUCAUGACAUUGAGACUUAUGGGAUCCCUACUCGGAAUGUCUCCAGCAUGCUCCGGGCGCAGUAUGAUCAUUUGACGUUUCCUGGAGCGGUCCCCAGGACGUUUGUUGGCCCGCUCAUUCUGGCGGGGCUUUCGUCUCCCUUCAUCUGGCUGAGCAACAAUAUAGACCGACAGUUCCUUGCUCGAGCCAUCCUAGGCUUGAUCAAUGCGGCAUCGCUUCUCUCCUUUGCCGACGGAUUGCGCCGCACCGCCGGAAAGACAGCCGCUGUCUGGUACCUGUUAUUCCAGGCGAGCCAGUUCCAUGUCAUCUACUAUGCAUCGCGCACUCUCUCCAACAUGUUCGCCUUUUCCAUCUCAACUCUGGCUUUGCGCGCUCUGCUCCCCGAGCCGGUGAGCCCGGCGACAUACCGGAAACGAGGCAAAGCAGCGCUGUAUCUACUCACCACGGCGGGAAUCAUCUUUCGCGCCGAAUUGGCCCUCUUUCUCGGAAUCAACACAAUCUUCCUCUUCGUCCUCCGGCGCAUCCGCAUUCAACGCGAGAUAAUCCCCGCCGGAGUUCUCGGCCUCGCAGUUGGCCUAGCAUUUACCGUCUCCGUGGACUCCUUCUUCUGGCAACAAUUCCCCCGGUGGCCUGAGCUGGCAGCCUUCAAAUUCAACGUCAUCGCCGGCCAGGCCUCUGCCUGGGGCACUCAUCCCUGGCACUUUUACUUCACCAACGCUAUUCCUCGUCUUCUCCUCAACCCACUGACCUAUCUCGCCGGCAUCCCCCUCGCUCUAACUCAACCUGCAACCCGGCGCACGGCAGCCUUCAUCCUCCUCCCAUCACUCCUCUACGUGCUCGCCUACAGCGCCCAACCACACAAGGAAUGGCGAUUCAUCAUCUACACCAUCCCCCCCUUAACCGCCGCCUCGUCCCUCGGAGCCUCCUACAUCUGGACCCACCAAACGAAAUCUCCCUUCUACCGCCUUCUUGCCCUCCUCAUGCUCGGCUCCACCCUCGCCUCUUUCCUCCUCUCCUCGUUGAUCCUCCUCCCGGCCUCCUCGGCCAACUACCCGGGCGCCCAAGCCCUACACGCCCUCCACCAGUACCAUUACCAUCGCCAGCAGCAUCAACUCCACAGCCCUAACAGCAAUCCUAACACGAAUAUCUCCGUCCACCUCGGUAAUCUCGCCUGCCAAACCGGCGUGACUCGCUUCCUGGAACUCCCCUCCUGGAUCUACGACAAGACCGAAUCGCAAGACGUAAAAUCUAGCCCGGCCUUCUGGUCCCAGUUCGAUUAUGUCCUCGUUGAACCGGGGGAUGGCGUCGCGCAGGGGAUUCACGUUCCUGGGGACGGGGACGGGGAUGGCUCGGCGCGAGCAUGGGAGGAGGUGGGGACGAUCGAUGGGUUUGCGGGGCUACGGGUUGUUCGGCCUGGCGAGGAAGCUGCGGGGAGGGUCGAGGAGAGGGUGAUUCGAGGUGUCUGGGGGGGGGGAGUGGUGGAGGUUUGGAAGACGGGGAGGGAGUUUGCAAGGGGGAAGGUGACGAGAGGAUGGUGGAUUGAGUUGAGGAUGGAGCCGAAGAUUGUUAUUAUGAGGCGGUAUUAA